ACUCUGUCCGCACUACAGAUGUUGAGUGUUAGGAGUUUUUCGUCAUCCAAAUUGUUUUAAAUUUUGAAAGCCAGGAGACUAUCUCUGUGGGAUUUUAAAAAUGAUUUCUGGUGUUACAAUGAAACGGUGUGGCAUCAGUGUGAAUCAGAAGUCUUUAGUCUUAAUCUAUGGAGAGGGUCUUAAAACAAGGAAAAGAAGCAUUCAUAUCCCACAGUUGGAUAGUUUAAGUGUAGUGGAAACAUAUGCUGAACUCCUAGCCGAUGAACAUCACAGUCAGUUCGUAAAUCUGAUUCCGAAGGCACAGGUUCUCAGAUUAUUAUCGAUUCUGAAAAACGUAUGCAGUGGAAUGACUCUUACGGAUGCUUUGGAACGUAGCAAAGAAUUAGAUUCUAUUAUUGGUGAUGAAGCUCUUCAUGUCGAAAUCAAUGGUGUUGAUGACAAUGGCUUAGAAGGGAAGAAAGCUGUUAUGGAUAAUUUAUUUACACAGAAUCGAGUUCCGCCUAAAGAAUCGGAUUUCAUUUAUGACAAAGAAGUGGACCUUCCAGAAGGAUCCAUUGAAACAUAUUCAUGGGACUCUGAUGAAUGUGAAUUCUAAACUGUAUUUUCUUUUGUAUUCAAAAUGAAUAGUUCUGAUGAAAAGUAAUGUUUUUACAUGCGUCUUUUUGUUUUAUGUAUCCAUCUUUCUUGCUCACAUCAUUCUACUUUCCUACUUCUAUCCACUUUUACUUGUAUUUUUUAUUCAAACGAAAAGUGAACAGGAUAGUCUUUGUACGUAGUAUACAGAGUACAAGCUACAUUUAGUGAGGAGACACUUGCAAACAAAUCUUACUAGGUUUAUCAGUUAGUGGUUAUACCUAGGACAAGCAACAAGUGUUGACCAAUGGGGAAAGUGUAGUUUAUCUGUUUAACUUCAUUAGUUAUCUAUACUUCUGUCAUUCACUGUUUUGUUUAUUCUCCAAAGCUUUUAUCGAUGUUGAUCAUUCAGAAUGAUCAUUGUACAUAAUCUCUUAUGAUUAAGACAUUUCCUAUUGAGUAUAAAAACACAACAGUGCAGAAUGAAUAAUAUUCAGUAUGACUUUUUA